CCCAGAAGUGAUACAGUCUGCCUCUGUGUCAUAAAGAUGUUUUUCGUGAAUGCCGACUAUCGGCGAUGGUGUUUGCGUCUCAUGCAAAGCCUGAACAUCCUGGAUAGGCAACCCAAGGCACACACGUCUGGGAGGCGUGGCUGUGUGUUGCGAAAACCCGCACGAGUUCCUUCAUUUAAGGUUAAUUUGUGCUUCGCCAGCACUGCUUCGCCAGUGGACGCCACAGGGAGCAGAAUUACCGUCAAAGCGCUGGAAGCCGAGUUACCGCUAAAGCGCAUCCAGCGGGAGGGCAGCUCUCGCGCACGGAAACGCACGCGCGGUGCUGCUGACGUUCCCCUGCUCUUCCCACAGUAAGGUGUCCAAUGCAAAGGAAAGCAGGACGGGGUCUAUUAAAGCUGUCAGAUCGGAAGAGGUAAUAACUUCUCAGUCAGGUAGCGUGAGCAGAAAUGGCAGGGACUCAGGUGAGCGUGCGUCGGUGGACCCCGAAGCACGUGGCCCGGUGGCUGAAGGAGGAGGGGUUCUGCGACUACGUGGACCUGCUGUGCAACAAGCACCGGCUGGACGGCACCAGCCUGCUGACGCUGACCGAGUACGACCUGCGCUCGCCGCCGCUGGAGCUCAAGGUCCUGGGCGACAUCAAGCGGCUGAUGGUGUCGCUGCGGCAGCUGCAGAAGCAGAACAGCGACGUGCUGGAGGACCUGGGGCUGGGCUGCGACGGGCACACGCCGCCCGGCGACUGGCUGCGUAACGGCGACUCCGGGCGGGACUGCGACGGUGGCGGCGGCGGCGGCCUGCAGGGGGAGCCCUUCCACCAGUACACCAACGGCAAGUGCAAGCAGCACGCGCGGCGCCUGGACCCGGAGUACUGGAAGACCGUGCUGAGCUCCGUCUACGUGGUCUUCGUCUUCGGCUUCACCUCCUUCGUCAUGGUGAUCGUGCACGAGCGCGUGCCCGACAUGCGCACCUACCCGCCCCUGCCCGACAUCUUCCUGGACAGCGUUCCCAGGAUACCGUGGGCCUUCGCCAUGGCCGAGGCCUGCGGCGUGAUCCUCUGCAACAUCUGGCUGCUGGUUCUGCUGCUGCACAAACACAGGUCCAUCCUGCUGCGGCGGCUCUGCAGUCUCAUGGGCACGGUGUUCAUGCUGCGCUGCGUCACCAUGUUCGUCACCUCCCUGUCCGUGCCGGGGCAGCACCUGCAGUGCUCGGGAAAGAUAUACGGCGACAUGUGGGCCAAGCUCCGGCGCGCGGUGGCCAUCUGGAGCGGAUUCGGGAUGACCCUGACGGGCGUGCACACCUGCGGGGACUACAUGUUCAGCGGCCACACCGUCGUGCUCACCAUGCUCAACUUCUUUGUGACCGAGUACACACCAAGGACCUGGAACUUCAUUCACACCCUGUCCUGGGUUUUGAACUUGUUCGGAAUCUUCUUCAUCCUGGCCGCCCACGAACACUACUCGAUCGACGUCUUCAUCGCCUUCUACAUCACUACGAGACUCUUCCUGUACUACCACACGCUGGCCAACACGCGGGCCUACCAGCAGAGCCGGCGGGCGCGCAUCUGGUUCCCCAUGUUCUCCUUCUUCGAGUGCAACGUCAACGGGCCCGUGCCCAACGAGUACGGCUGGCCCUUCUCCAAACCCACCUUCAUGAGGAGGCUGAUUGGUUAGCUAGCUCUGCUUGCCCCCCUGUCCUGCACGGGGAGGGGGGGGGGGGGGGGGUCCUUGUGGGUGGUGCGGAGAGCCUGUGCAAGUUGGAGUUGAGUGGCAGCUGGCGCCCCCCCCCUCGUGUAUAAAGUUGCUGGUUCUGUGGGCUCGUCUAGUUCUUGCGGUGAUUUUGUUAUUUGCAAUACUAACGUGCUACUGAACUGACCCGUCCCGGUUCGGUCCUGGCGAUGCCGGAGGCUGUCGGGGUGUCCUCAGCGACACGCCAGUCCGACUGCUCUCCCAGCGGCCUGAGUGAAGGGAUUACAUACAAACGCUCAUCAGCCAUGUACCGUGACGUUCUGUUUCCAGCUCCUGCCUGUCCUCUUCGUAAACAGAUGUCAUGAAAGAGGAGGACUUUUUAGAUCUCCAAUUCAGGGUAUAGCAACGAAAUAAAAAAUAAAAAGAUUAAAAAUGACAUUCCUACUCACCCCCACCCCACCUAUGUACUUUUCAUAGGCCCUGAUAUGACCUCAGUGAAAGUGUAGAACUCGGAACAAAUUGCAUACGUGUAUUAAAGCUAAUUUUUCUGCCAUUGCGGUUAUUAAUGAUUCUAUUAAGGUCUUGACAUUUGAAAGGAUAUGAAAAGUCACAGGAACUGUUUACAGCUCCUGGUUCUCCACCUUUUCCAAGAUGAGAUAUACCACAUAUUAUAAACAAGGGAAAUUUUAAAAGGAAAAAUAAGGCUUUUCCUUGUAGACUGUAAUUUUUUUAGUGCAGACAAAAAGUAUAAACACGAUGUUAUGGUAUUUUCAAAAACUAUAGCAUUGUUUUUUUUUUUCCCUUCAUCUUUUCUUGCACGAGACAGAACGUGGAAAUUCAGCUUGCUGUUUAACUGCAGUAAGCUAAACUAGCGCAAAGCAAAAUGCUGUAGCAUUCCUUUGUAUUGUAUCGGUGUUGCCGAUAGACCAGUGUUGACACGUAAAAACGAAUCAUCCGUUGUUCAUUGUGCAUUUUCGAAACAACUGCUUUGCAGGAAUUUCCCUUUUUUAUUUUAUAUUUGUAUUGUCUGGUGACAGUUCUACUAGAUCACAGCUUAUUAUUUUUUAAAACGAUUAAUUUUGAUGAUUCUAAAAAUGACUAAUAGCAACGUGUUACUUUGUUCAGAUGAUGCCAAAAUAUGGGAUAUUACACAUUCUCAUUGCCAAUAUAUUUUCAGUGUUAUAUAUUGUAAUUCCUUCAUUUGCGACAUUUUCCCUGUUGAAGUUUGAGCCGUUUCGCUUGGGUGCCAGUGAUGUGACAUCACUGAUGUACUGAGCAAAGGAAUUAUAAACUUGAUAACUUCCCAAAGUUUACAACUCAACUGGAUAUUGUACAAACCUCGUAAGCAAAUCCCAUAUACAAACAAACAGUAAACUUACAGUAGGGGAAGAUGUGUCUGCAUAUCCCUCUAAUAGAAAUAUGUUUAUUUUCAAAUGUAAUGUUAGCAUUUUUUCAAUUGUGUAAAGUAUUUAUGUUUUAAAUGCAAGUUAUAGCAUGUACUGGAACAGGAGUGAAGGUUUACAUAAGGACACCCAUGCCACUUAAAAUAUGUAGAGUUAAGUUGUGCAUUCAUUCCUGAGAAUGGUUUGAAGUGUUUUUUUUUGUGGUUAUGCAAAAAAAAAAAGUAUGAAAGCAGACAAAGAUUUGUUUGGGACUGUGAGACUGCUCUGUAGCCUUGUUUAAUUUUUAUUUUGGCCUUAUUUAAGUAUAGCAGAAUAGAAAUCUUUGGAUGUUAUGACCUGUGUAUUUGACCAUAAGGACAAACUUGAAAAUUUACAGUAGUACACAAUGGGGCUGUAUAUGUGAUUUACAGUAGUACACAAUGGGGCUGUAUAUGUGAUUUACAGCAGUACACAAUGGGGCUAUAUAUGUGUGUAUACAAACGGUGGCUGCUUCAUUGUCCUGCUCCCAGUAUAUAUUUAAUGGUGUUGGUUCUACUCCGCCCAUUACAUAUAGUUACAGGGCUGCAGCAGUUAUAAUAUAAUUUUAUAAAGGUUAUUUUCCCACUCAGAUGUGGGGCUGGGUUCCUGUGUGCAGGGUGAGUUUGUUCCAGCUGAGCUCUUUCCUUAUGAGGUUUGAUUGAACUGUUCAUUGAAUACUGACCCCCGAUUCUUCUCACUUCACAGGUACCGGCUAUUUGUUUUGUCUUCUGUAAAAGUUAAGUUUUGUUGGUAAAGAUUUUCUGCUAAUGGUAUGUAUUUCUGAAACAUAUUUCUGUUAUUUUAUGUUUAGGACAAGAACUGUCAAUGGUCAGUGUUAAAUGCAGAUCAUUAUUCAGUUAAUGUCUCUCAAACUUAGAGUAAACCAUUGAAUAAAAACAUUUCUCACUGUGCCCCUCCGACAAGCAUUGACACCGAUACACUACUGUAAAUGUAUGUUGGAGUUCAGCUGAUAUUAGCCAACUAUUUCCCAAUAUGUCAGUAUUUUUGAGACGCUAUUAAAAUGUCUUUCAGAACAACAGUCUGGCCUGGAUUCAACCAACAUUUGUCCUUAACUUUGACUCCGAAUGAAAUGCAAGUGUUUGGUUUAUUCCUCACAAGUGCAGCUUGCCAAGUUGCAUUUUAUGGUUCCUGAGAUUGCCAAACUGUGUUUGUGAAGAAAACAAUGAACGCUUCAUUUUAAUCUGCCAGUCAAAGGGAAGGACAAGUGGGGACUGCAUCCAGGUCUCCAACUCCUUGUUGAGAGAAUAUCUCACUCAUCCGUGCAUCAGUGCAUAUCUGAAGUUCAUCUGAAUGAUAGAAUUAUUAACGGUAAUAAUUGAGCCUCAUUGCAGAGCCUAACGCAUCAAGCAUCUCAAUAGCCAUGACAUGCGCUACUGUGCUUCUGCAGCGUAAGCUCCCAAGCACAGUCUCCCACACACGCCAGGCUUCUGUCGCCGAGCAAGACCUUGCUGUUACAGAUGCUAUAAGAACAAUUUAAUGAUUAGCCUACUGUAUGCUUAUCUGAUAUCUCUUUGGAGCAUCCAAAGAACCAGCACUUUUUAUUUCAUAAUUUUGCAGUAGUCAUGUUUUUUCGGUACUGGUACAAGUAUUUUAUUUAUUUUUGAGGGUUGUGUAUUGUUGGUGGAAAGACUACUCUAGCAAUAAUUCUCAUUGUGUAUUGGGUUUGUUGUAUGCGUUUUGUGUAUGAUGCAUCUCCGCAGCUAUUAAAAUUGUACACUACAAAAAUGCAA